AACUAAUAGAGGUACUGCUGUGGAUACUGCAACACCUCUGAGGAAUUCAAGAAACAGAGACAGCACUGGAAGCUCAGACUGUCUGCAUUUCCCUACCACUGACCCUGACAGAUGAGGAGUGCAUACAAAGGCAGGGUUUUUCUUUUAUACUUCAAAACUGUGGUGAGAAAUGAAAGGCCCGGCAGAUCCCUCAAGUCUGCUCUUCAAUUGCUCAAAUCAGUCAAACUUCCCUUUGGAAACUUCAGAGCAAUGUGGCAAAGAGACACACCUUGAGAACGUACUUUUUGCCACCUUCUACUUCCUAGACUUCAUCCUGGCUUUUAUUGGCAACUCCCUGGCUCUUUGGCUCUUCAUUCGGGACCAGAAGUCCAGCACACCCGCCAACAUUUUCCUGAUGCACCUUGCUGUGGCUGACCUCUCAUUCGUGCUGGUCCUCCCCACCCGGCUGGUGUACCAUUUUUCAGGUAACCACUGGCCGUUUGGCGAGAUCCCAUGCAGACUCACGGGUUUCCUUUUUUACCUCAACAUGUACGCCAGUAUUUACUUCCUCAUGUGCAUCAGCGUCGACCGGUUCCUGGCCAUCGUGCACCCCGUGAAGUCCAUCAAGCUCCGCAGGCCCCUUUAUGCCCACCUGGCGUGUGCCUUCCUGUGGCUGAUAGUUGGGGUUGCGAUGGCACCCCUGCUGCUCAGCGUGCAGACCGUGGAAGUGAACAACACAACCAUCUGCCUGCAGCUCUACAGAGAAAAGGCGUCACGUCACGCUCUUGUGUCCUUAGCGGUUGCGUUCACCUUCCCGUUUGUCACUACGGUGACUUGCUACUUACUAAUCAUCAGAAGCCUGAGGAGUGGGAACAGAGUAGAGAAACACCUGAAGGAAAAAGCUAUCAAAAUGAUCAUCAUGGUCCUGAUGAUCUUCCUGGUUUGUUUUGUGCCUUAUCACGUCAAUCGCUACAUUUACAUCCUCCAUUACAACGGCACCAAGGCUUCCUGCGAGACGCAGCGCCUGCUAGCACUCAAUAACCGCAUCACUUCCUGCCUCACCAGCCUGAACGGGGCCUUCGACCCGGUCAUGUAUUUUUUUGUAGCUGAGAAAUUCCGUGAUGCUUUGUGCAACCUGUUCUGUGGUAAGAGGACGGUGAUGAUACCUCAGUGCGAGGGGAAGACCAACGAAAGCUCGCUGAGUGCGAAAUCUGAGCUGUGAACGUGACUCCUGCCUCCGCUACCACGUGAAAAGGCUGCGCCGCCAAAAUCAGAGGAGAGCAGAUAUGCAGAAAGACCACGUGCAUGAGCACAGCCGGGCUCACUCCUGCAGAGGGAAGUUCUGUCAUUUCCCUGGAACUGAAACGAACAGGAACCCCUCUGAUUACGUGCUCUUGUCUUAGUGAAACCGCAAGCACUGACUGCCAAGAUGUGAAACUGAGGGCUGAGCACUUAGGAACAACUGAGGGAACGCGGGCUGUUAAACAGACAGCUUCUUUUUGCAAAAUAAUUUCAUUCCCAAAGCACUCAGUAAUGGCUUUUCCUAGGCACAGUGCAUAAGCAUACUUUAAAAUGUCGUACUGCACCAACACUAGAGAUCCAUUCCUCACACAGCCUGUACCUUCUGUUCAAGUUGCAUGCUCAGUGUUUACACACCGUAGGCAGAAAACUGGCACUAAGCCAUAGCAAAACACAUAAAUAAAUAAAAAAGCAAAAAUGCUGCAACACGUCCAAGCAGGAAUGCAAUUAAGACAGUACUGACCAUUUUUUAACUGCUUCCAAGGGCUAAGAGCAGGAGAUGAGCUCAAAGCUUCAGACAGAGGCCAGACAGUGUUUACUGUACUGCCUCUGUUACGUAGUUCCGUGCCAAACAUCAGACAUCCUGAUAGUGCUUCAACUAAAGAAGGUCUGCUUAGGAAUACAGCAUUCAUCUUUACUACAUACUGAAUCAAAAAAACGAUGAACCUCUGUCUUAAAAAUUGGUAAAGGUGGACAAAAGCAAGCAGAAAAAGAAAUCAUAGCAUCAUUUAGGAUGGAAAAGACUUUCAAGAUCAAGUCCAACCACUCGCCUGACCUACCAAGUGCCAUCAGUCCAACCAAGUCCUCUAGUGCCACAUCCACACAUCUCUUAAUCACCUCCAGGGUAUUUAUUUUAUUGAUGUUCCCUUUGCCCAGAAGAGAAUCUCAUCUUUAAGGUGUUUUACAACUCUUUCAUUUUGGCAGUUUACCUAGCCAGACUAUUUAUUUGCUACAGAUAAAGCAGGGAUUACCUUAACUAUCCUUACUGAUACAAAUCAUAUCCAGUGGAAUACAUCUGAGAAUGAGAGGCAGACCUUGCAAGAUCAGGUUCAGUGAGAAAAUGGAAAACGAACACAACAGUUUCCAGCAGCAUUUGCUAGCAGAAAGCUCCUGUGCAGAAGAGGUAAAUGUUAUAGGAAACCACACGACAGGUGAAAUAAACGUGGAACACCCAGACACACAGGCACACACAUUCCUUUCCUAUACUUUCCAUUUUAAAUUCUUUUUCAUGCUUGAAUUGUUUCAAUCCUAGCUGCUUUCCAGAAAAGACCCAAAUUCUCCUGGGUGCUGUGACGACAGCACAGAUUCUAACAAGCUAAGGUGACACAAGUCAAAUUUAUUACACCCAGCUCGAAAAAACAAGACACAGAAGUUGUGUGCAGGACUGAACAGAAAAGGGAGUGGAAGAAUCUCCCUGCUGGACAGGGUACAAACAUGUAACCUUUCCUUCCUCACCCUUCAGGUAGUGAAAAUGUAACCCCCAGGAAACUACUAAGCUUUGCUCAAGAUAUGAAAGCCUGAAAUUAACUAUGAAUUGUACAACACUAUGUACUAACAGUCAGAUGGGUUUAUUUUCUUAUGAUAUCCUUUUGUACAAGUUUCAGGUUUGUAGUUUCUUACUUCUU